GCCCAGACCUCCCAUUCAUCUGCUAACUGCAGACCCCCAGUGCUACAGGCUUACAUAGAGGGGAGUAAAACACUGCAAGCUCCAGACAGGGGCAUCGGAAAUCUGUUGAAUUACAACAACAAAAACUUUUCUUGGCUGCACCUAUGCAAUAUACAUUGACUCCCUUCCUUGUUAUGGAUUGCAUCUGUAUUUGAUGUAUGUGAGGCUGAGCUACCAGCUUGUGGUGGUAGACAAAGACCCCGGGUUACAAAUCUUCAAUCUUACAAAUGCAUUCCUAACCUAAUCAGGUUUAAAUGCCCCUUGUCUACACUUGAAGAGAUCAUCAUAUUGUUUACCAGGUACUCAGAUUGUAACUUCCAUUACACCCAAGGAAGUGACCCCUCCUCCUCAGUGCUUUGUGAAGGGGGUCCCUGAACAUGACAGAAUAUAAACUGGUGGUGGUGGGAGCAGGAGGUGUGGGAAAGAGCGCGCUUACAAUCCAGCUCAUACAGAACCACUUUGUGGACGAGUAUGAUCCAACCAUAGAGGAUUCAUAUAGAAAACAGGUAGUUAUUGAUGGGGAGACCUGUUUACUUGACAUUUUGGAUACAGCAGGUCAAGAGGAAUACAGUGCAAUGAGAGAUCAAUACAUGAGGACUGGAGAGGGCUUCCUUUGCGUGUUUGCAAUAAACAACACAAAAUCUUUUGAGGAUAUUCACCAGUACAGACGUGGCAGCCCCAUCCCUGGCCAAAUGAAUGAGACGUUUCACCGUCGUAUCUCCGUAAUUGAAGAUAUUUUAGAGCAAAUUAAACGGGUUAAGGACUCUGAUGAUGUUCCUAUGGUUUUAGUUGGAAACAAGUGUGACCUCCCUGCACGGACGGUGGAGACCCGUCAAGCUAAUGACUUGGCUAGAAGUUAUGGAAUCCCAUACAUUGAGACCUCUGCUAAAACUAGACAGGGCGUAGAAGAUGCUUUUUACACACUGGUGCGAGAAAUCCGUCAGCACAAAUUAAGGAAACUAAAUCCUCCCGAUGAAAGUGAGAAGGGUUGCUUGAACUGCAAGUGCGUUGUUUCAUGACUAAGGAUCAACUUAUUGCCUGUCCUGGAAAUAUUUCUUCACUGAAUCCUAAUAGGAAGAGGAUUUAAAACUGGAAGAUACCAAAAGACCUUAAGGGGGAACCAUGUCCACUGUUCAAACAGGGUUGGCCAUGGACUUUUGUGCUGAUACCCUGUAAUUUAUUGUACUUUAAAUAUGCAGGAUUUAUAGCAGAAGUAUUAUUCUACCAGUAAAGGGGUUAAUGACACCACACAAUUCAGCAAAAAACUUCUUAAAGGGACAGUAGCAUAGUUAAGAAACCACACAUGGAUUUCUGAGGACAAUUUGAUGGUGAUGCGAACAUACAAGGUUACUUGAAAUGCUCCUCCGAAGCAUGAUAUCUACAAUGUCAUUUUCACCUCCAAAAACAGCAGCACAUUUAAGUACUGUUGUCUCAAAUGCAUUAAAGAAAAACCUGUGACUUUAACGUCCCUUUAAAUUUAAGAACAAUAAAACAACCUACGUCAGAAGGAACCUAAAGAUCAGUUGCACAUAUAAUAGUCUCCCCAGCUAGAAAUUCGCUGUGUGCUUGUAAUUUAGGUGCAAGCUUGGACAUGGCAAAUUAUACUAGCGGAAUGGUGUUUGCUCAGUAAUACAUGUAAUUUGAUUCUGAUGGUUUGUAAAGUUAGCUAUAUUCUGCAGCUCUAAAUAAAUGAUUAUUGGUGAAUACAGUACAAAUAGAGUUGUCAGUGUAUCCUAAUACUAGCAGGUAAGUCAGCAGCAUAUAGACAAAAACAUAUUUAUCCCUAUCUAUAGUCUGCUUAUUUAAAGGGAAAUGAAGUUGAAAAAAAGGAAAUACUCUGUUAUGUUCAGGUAUUUUGUUAUUGCUCUGUUGCUUGCAUAUAACUAUGCAAAUUGAGUUAAACACAGAGAAGCAUUGCACUACUGAGAGCACACAUGCUUCUAGUCAUUGACUCUCCAGAUGUGGUCCCAGUAGUGCUUUGUCAUUCUGGAACUGGAUUUAACUGUGUGUUUUUUAUUUCAAAUAUACCUGAAACAUAAUGGUUACCAUGAUUAAUUGCAAAUUGUUUGUAGGAGGUUUAGAUAUAAUAUCUCUAUAUAACUUUUUUGCUUAAAAAUUCCCUUACUAGGAGAGAUUGACACUGACAAAUUACAAACACACACACACACACACAUAUAUAUAUAUAUAUAUAUAUAUAUAUAUAUAUACCCAACUGAGCACAACAGCUGGAAAAUCUUCUGUGCUUGUCCACGAUCCAUUACCAGUCAUGGUGCAAUCUCAUUUAUCUCACAAUGCCUUUUGCAGAGUUGAAAUAUCCUCUAUAUCCUUUAGCAUAUCAGUCUGGUGCCGAUGCAUCCCUCUUAGACAACUGAGCAAAGAGUCCACAUCUGGUUUCCCCUUCUUAUUCUUAGGGAAGCCCUAGAGAAAUGUGCAUACAAACAACGAAGAGAGAUAGACACAACUGCAAGAGAACAUAACCAUAUGUGGACCCAUUCUGUCUAGAGGGGUAGGGCUGCACCUCAUUGAGGCCCAAAGAAGGCUGAAAUGAUUGUCUGGGGUUGCCAUAUUUCUCAUUCAGAGGAGAAUUGCCUGGUAUUUUGUGACUGGACUGUUCUUUUUAGGCAAGACUAAUAUAUUCAGGAGACCAGACUGAUAUACUUCAGUAAAACAGACUGAUAUACUUUAGGAGAACAGACUGAUAUACUUUAGGAGAACAGACUGAUAUACUUUAGGAGAACAGACUGGUAUACUUUAGGAGAACAGACUGGUAUACUUUAGGAGAACAGACUGGUAUACUUUAGGAGAACAGACUGGUAUACUUCAGGAGAACAGACUGGUAUACUUCAGGAGACCAGACUGAUAUACUUCAGGAGACCAGACUGAUAUACUUCAGGAGACCAGACUGAUAUACUUCAGGAGACCAGACUUAUAUAGUUUAGGAGAACAGACCGAUAGACUUCAGGAGAACAGACUGAUAUACUUCAGGAGAACAAACUGAUAUACUUCAGGAGAACAAACUGAUAGACUUCAGGAGACCAGGCUGAUAGACUUCAGGAGACCAGGCUGAUAGACUUCAGGAGACCAGGCUGAUAGACUUCAGGAGACCAGACUGAUAGACUUCAGGAGAACAGACUGAUAUACUUCAGGAAAGUUCUCCUUUUUGAAAAUCACAAUUGGGUGAAAAGAAGCUGCUCCCAGGUGGUGACCCAUCAAAGAACAAGCCACUGAGCCAUUGUUCAUUCCUGCUUUAUGUAUGAUAAUACUCUGGGAAAAGUAUCAUUAAGGGUUAUGGAGUAAACCAGAUGUGCACUUACUGCCCAGUUUACAUUUGAGGAAUAUGGCUGUACCUUACUGAUGAAGCCCACAGAAGUCCCAACCAAUUAUCUGGGGUUGUCCUGAAAAAUACUUGAAUGUUACUUUACAGAGACAAAAAUCUGCAGUAAAAAUGUGUUUAUUAUUGCACUAUUGCUUGUUCGUAACUGUGUUUAAACCUUGCAUAGUGGUUAACCACAUAUUUAGUUCUGGACCAUCACCAGCCAUCUGAAGCUCAGGAUCAACAGUAUAUUGCUGCUAUUGUUUUAGCUUAGCUAUUUCUGUAAUGUAUUUGUGUAUAAUGGGUAGUUAAUUUAAUUAGUAUAAGCAAGCAGUAGCACAAUAAUAAAAUGCUGUAAGGUAUUGGAGGAUUCUUUAUUCCAACUUUGUCUUUUUAAGUCGUGAUUUCAAACAAUUUUAGGCAGUGUAUUCAGAUAUGUAAAGAAUGGAUUGACAAAUUUAUAUAAAACUUUACAGCCAAACACACAUUUUAGGAACCAGGGAAGAAAUUUCUAUAGCAGUAUAUGUAGAAUAAUAAAAAAAUGGUAGGUGACAAACUUACAAUGCUAGGACUCGUGGUUCCUUGACACCUAUGAUUUGUCAAACCCAGUUAUUAUGCGUAAUAAAGUAACCCAAAGCUUUAAUCAGUUUAAAGCAAAUAAUCUGCAGAUUUCUUGACUCACAUUAUUUAUAAUAGACAUGCAAAAAUUUGUUUUUGCAACAUUUUGUCAACUGAACAAGCGAAUAAACAUUUACAAAUUGUUCUAAUUUUUAAAUUUAGUUGAUCUAUAUAAUAUAUAGAUAAAUUAAAUGAACACACAAAUGGAUUUUGUGUUAAUUACUUUGUUUAUUCAGUUAAAGAAUACAUUUCAGACAAAAUAUUUCAAAUUUGUUUGCAAAACAACCAAAAAAAAAAUGUAUGUACAUGUAUUAUUUAAAGUUACUUUCUCAUUGUGUCUCUAUAUUUUCUGUACUCUUUUUUUUUGGUAGGUUGGGAUACCUUUUAAUAGGUCAAAGUUUUCAGAAAUCAAAGCAUUGUCUCCCUUAUGCUUUACAUAUUUUGCCAUUCUCUUCAAUAUUAGGCAAGCAAAUAGAGGGGCGCCUCAUGUGUGUAUCAGAAUAUUCUCAAUAUUAGCACAUAGCAGGCUUUGAAAAGGUACUCACAUUUGUGUAGAGCACCCUUGUGUGCUGGUAGUGGCAGGCUGAUAGAUUAUGGGCGUAUCAGCUCACCCUCUCCCGGUAUCAGGAACAGUCAGCAGUGUGUCCAAAUCAGUACAGGUACAAUGCAGGCUAGGACAAGGAAAUGUGUCCCAAAAAGGGCUGGUAACACUAACACAUUAAAAACAGAAGCAGCAGGUAUAUAAGGGGGUAAUGUGCAAUCCCCUAAAAAUAUGCAACGCGUUUCUCGGCUCUCAUACUUGGCCGUUUCAUCAGGCAUACAUCUCUUCAAUAUUAAAGGGACACUAAACCCACAUUUUGUCUUUCAUGGUUUAGAAAGAGCAGGCAGUUUUUCCAAUUUACUUCUAUUACCUAAUUUGCUUUAAUUUCUUGUUUUCCUUUGUUCAAAAUAGGCUCGGUAGCUACUGAUUGGUGACUACACAUAGAUGCCUCACGUGAUUGGUUCACCCAUGUGCAUUUCUAUUUUUUUAACAAAGAAUAUCUAAAGAAGGAAGCAAAUUAGAUAACAGAAAUAAAUUGUAAUGUAGUUUAAAAUUGUAUUCUCUAUCUGAAUCAUAAAAGAAAGAGUUUUACGUCCCUUUAAAAGCUUAUUAAAUGUAGCCUUUAUCAAUUUAUAAAUACAAUGUGUCAUUAAACAAGUAUAACAAGCUACUAAAAUCCAUUUUCUCUGCAAAGAAUGAUUAAUAUAUUAAUAAUGAGCGGACUUUAGAUUAAAGGGACAAUAAACUUGAAGAAUAAAGUUUUAGUCAUAUUACUCAAUGUGCCCAUGCUACACCAAUUGAUGAUCAUCUUUAUGUUUUUUUCUCUUAGUAUUUUUGAAAUUGGGAAUGCCCUUAUGGAAUGCCCCCCAUCCAAAGCCUUUUUUUUUUUUACAAUAACAUAUAAUAAAACAGCCAAUGAGAAUCCAUACUGGAGAGCCUUGCUACUGGGUACUGUCCUGUUGAACUGUAGUCACGGUGUCAGUCUGCAGAGGGACUGAGCAUGUGCUGUUCUGCAUAUCCUCCCUACAACCUAUGCUAUCAUGAAAAGUUUCAGCAAAGCAUUCUAAAAGUAAAUUUGAUAAUACAAUGUACAAUACCUUUUCAGUUUUCAUCUAUGAAAAUAAUGACAAACUGUAAUUUUGCUUUCCAUCUUGAGAUAAUCAACAUUUCCCAGCGCAGGCUGAUUACAUGACCAACAGUAAUACUAUAAGAGUUGCCAAUAUGAGAUUCUGUACACAUGUAAUUGACACACUUCAAACAAGUUUUUUUUAUACCAGCUUUUUGUUCUAAUAAAGUAUCAAGAGGAUGCAGAAGACUGCAGAGUGUGCUAAAUUAGCUGUUCUUUCCCUCAAUCACUUUCUCAAUCGCUUUCUAAAUAUUUUUGAACAUGUAUAACACUUUAACCACUAAUAGAUAGUGUUACAUUUUCUAUACACUUAUAGACACCUAAUUUUAUUUAAUUUAAACAAGCAACCUGUUUACAGAGAAAUCCGAUAGUAAUGUGGAUUUGCAUUAGGCCCCUAUAAUUAUAUAUCACCCUUACUCAGAAUUGUAUGAUCUCAUGGUAACUAAAACACACAUUUUUCUUAUUAUGUUUUAAUUUAUUGUAUACCAUUUAAUUUCUGACUAAUAUUUCACUCUAAAUAAACUAGACGUGUAUGGUAUAAACAGCAAUAGCUUAAACGUUUCAGAAAUAACAGUAAAACAUAUUUGAUCUUACUUCAGUGCCCAAUAUAAGUGUCUAGUUCCAUGAAAUGCCCAGAAAAAAUAUCUACCCAUUUGUUAUGUUGCAUACUAACACAGGGUCCAAAUUUUCUAAAGCUUCCCACUCGGGAAAGCAUCUCUAAAAAAAUGAUCGGUCUGUGCUGCAAGAUCUUUUACAGGAUUCUGUAAAGGCAAGUUUACAAACCUGUGUUUCUGUAUGUGAAGGAGAGACAUAGGGGGUGAUUUAUCAUCGGUCUGUCCGACAUGAUCCACUCAGCAGAUCAUGUCCGACAGACAUCGAUGAAUGCCGACAGCAUACGCUGUCGGCAUUUAUCAUUGCACAAGCAGUUCUUGUGAACUACUUGUGCAAUGCUGCCCCCCUGCCGAUUUGCGGCCAAUCAGCCGCUAGCAGGGGGUGUCAUUCAGCCGCUAGCAGGGGGUGUCAAUCAGCCUGAUCGUUAGGGAUGGGCGAAUGUGUAAAUUUCCGAAUUUGAAUGUUAGAACGAAUGUUAUUACCGAAAUUCGAAUUAUAAAUCCGAAUGUUGAUAAGAAUGAAUAUUCUUAAAAAUUCUAUAAUUGAAUGCUAUUUACAGUUUUCGAAUGUCACUUUCGAAUUCAAAUGUUUAUAAUUAUAUCGAAUGUCCACAUUCGAAAUUUCGAAUUCAACAUUCUAUUUAACAAAUACUAGUCAGAAGUUCAAUAGUUCAUCUGGUAGGGCGGGAAUCUAGUAAAUUGAAACAUAAUAGAUACAAAUAUAUCAUUAUAUAGUUUCUAUAUAGAAUAUUGCAUAAUUCGAAUAUUACAUUGAAAGAAAGCAUUAGAAAUACUAUUAUAAACAUAAAUUUGAAUUUUUCGAAUUCGAAUAAUAUUUUCGAAUGUAAUCCUAAAAUUCGAAACCGAACAUUCAAAAAUCGAAUGUUAGAAUGUUAUGUAAACAUUCGAAAUUCGAACGAACGAAUGUGUUAAAAUUUGUUUCAUUUUUCAAAUGUUGCGAAACAUUCGCCCAUCCCUACUGAUCGUAUAGGAUCAGGCGGAUUGAUGUCCACAGCCUUUAGAGCAGACGGACCAGUUAUGGAGCAGCAGUUUCAAGACCGCUCAUAAUUGCUGUUUCCGGCGAGCCUGAAGGCUCGUGCGAAAACAGGGGCAUCAAGCUCCAUUCGGAGCUUGAUAAUUCUGCCGCAUAGAUUGCAGUAUAGUGCUCAACAGAAUGAAACAACUUUGCAGUAUACUUCCAUGUAAUUUAGCUUUGAAGACUGAGGAUUUUCAAAUUCUCAGACUUGAAAUGCACCUUGCUGACUUUGCAAACGCUAACCCUGCUACACAGUUUCUCCUAAUUUGCUUUAACUGAUAACAACUGCAAAACAAUGUUCUUUAUACUAACAUUAUGACAGUGACUAGUCUUGUUGUCUGUAACUUGAAUCCCAGAUUUGCUCUUCUAAAUAAGUCCAAUGAUUGGUGGAUUUUGGCUAUUGAAAAAUAUCUGCAGUUAAAAUAAAAUGCUAUUUUAUUUUAUAAACAUUUA